UAUAAAUAACUGAAUAAACCUUUACACUUUAAUAUGCUAAUAAUUUUUGUGUGGUAGAUGUAUAGACUUUUUAAGUAAUACUGCACACUCAGUUUAUAGCUCAUCUCAGAUGCGAGAUAUUAAUACAAAAUGGAGAGGAAACAGAAGAGUAACCCAUUCGAUUCAGCUGGUGUUUUCUCUCGUGCGUUUUUUUGUUGGCUUUUUCCAAUAAUAAUCAAAGGAACAAAGCACCGUUUAAAAGAAGAAGAUUUAUACGAAAUCUCCAAAUAUCAUGGUUCAGAAUAUCUUGGAAAUAUGCUUCAGAAAGAGUGGAACGAAGAACUACAGAAGAGCAAUCCAAACAUACUGAAAGCUGUAUUACGAUUAUUUGGAUGGAAAUUCUUAACAUUAAUUUUACUUUUAUUGGUUCAGGAAACGGCAGUAAUUGCAGGAGAAUUAUACUUUUUAGGAUUAACAGUACAUUAUUUUGACAAUAGGUCGGAAUGGAAUUCAUACAAUAUUUACAUAAUCAUUGCCGGAUAUUUUGGAAUAAUUGCGAUUUAUUUUAUAUUAUAUAAUGCUAAUUUUACUAUAACAGAAUUAAUUGGAAUGAAAUUAAAGAUAGCUUUUUGCACAAUUAUAUAUAGAAAGGCAAUGAGGUUAAGUCCUUCAUCUCUUGAAAAAUCGAAUGUUGGGCAAAUGGUAAAUCUUAUAGCAAAUGAUGCCAGCAAAUUUCAAAAUCAAGAAGUCCGGUAUUUUCUCAUCUUAGCGUAUCUCUUUAUGGACUAACAACAAUUAGAGCGUU